CCACAAGUUCUUAGAGUCAUUAUUGGAGUGUUUCGAUUGCGCUAAAGACCUCUGUCACUUGAAGACCGCAUGACACUGCGGCCAUUCUGCUUGCAGUACUUAUGACACCAGGGUUAGCAGAGAGAAUGUGGUAGAGUCGACUACCGUGCCUGCUUUGCACGGCGAAAACGCUUAUUGUGCGUGAGACACAAUGACUGCGUCGUCACCCAUGUGCCGUGCUGCGCCAGAGGUUGUCAUGGAGGUUUACUACGAGUGGUGCAGAUGGUUGGAGCUACCACAUGAGCUGCCGCCGAUCGUAAUGGAGCGCCUGGGCCACGGCGGCGAGUACUUGAGGAGCCUUCUUCAGUUCAUGCUUCGCAGCUCUGAGCCGCAUUGCCUGGAGAUGGUGAUGGAGAUGGCUGAGUGGAGAUCCCAGAUGGCGAUGCAUGCCACAUGCAUGGCGCUCACAACAGGCUUCACCCAGAGCAUGACCCUAGCCUCAACGUGCCUGGAGUUGUUGGGAGGUUUGCAGCCUGGAUGUUCCUCCUCCAGUCUGCACAUUUGUACAGUGCUUCAGCAUUUGCUGAUCGCUCAUGAGCCAGAAGUCCUGACGCUUCUGUUGCACUACCAAGCACCCUUCGUGCUGCUACGGGCCUUGAACCGGCCUGGCUGUUCGGAAAUCCUGCAGAUCAUGCUCGGUUCAGAUGCCAUGCUUCCCAAGGUGGUACCACACUUGCCCACCAGGCAGUUGCAUGUGCACUCCUUGCAGCAGGAUCUCAGUAGAACGACGAGUUCAAUAGACCUCGCUGAGUCCAGGACUUCAGCAUCAUGCAACUGCUAAGUGAAGCAUGUUCUUUGAGGGACACAUUUCCACUAGGCAAAAUACUAUAAAAUACUUGAACAGCUGGCUUCUCGACUUUCUUUCGAGCAUGCCUAGUGUUCGAGCUUUUCCG